GAAGUUUGAUGUAACAAAUGCUGUACAGAAACGGAAGCCGAGAGGUGAAGGAAACUGUGGGAAGAUGUAAGGAGUUAAACAUGACAUUUGUGCGAAUAAAACGGCGGUGUAUUUGGUCUGUGAUUAUGGCGAGGCUAUAGGCAGCCUCCGUUUCUACUCCGAGGACGGAAGGAACGACGAAAAUAACAAAGCAUGCUUUAACUACACCAAUCCUUUCAUGGCCAUGGCUUACAUGUAAAGCUCGAUCCAGGAAUUAUCCUGUCUCACCGACGCCACACGACCAGCUGGAAUAUUACAAACUAGGUUACACAUGUGUAAUGCGUCAUGUACCCUGCAAGGAAAGAAGCGGACGCAGCUCAUAGUGGGACUGGUGUGUUCUACCAAGCAAUGCCUGCGGUUGGAGCUGAUGGAAAGAACAUCAUGAAAUUGAUUCCAGUACAAAUGGUCGACGGGAAGUUUGUCCAAACUCAAAUAAGCAAACCCAAAACAGAUCCCAAACCACGGAAAGCUAUGACCAUAAAGGUCGCCUCUGCACCUGUUCACAUGGGAAAAACUGCAGCUUUGAGUUAUUCAGCCACCCAACAAAUUGUCAGGGAGCAGGUUUCCAUCAUGAAGGCCUUGCCUAAUCAAGUAGGUGUAACAGAACAAUGUUCGGACCUUGGUAACUCAUUGAAUAAGUAUCCACUACAACAGACUCUAAACUUCAUGGCAGAAAAACCUUUGAUGGCAACACUUGCCACAAACUGUGGGAAGUCAGUAAGACUCCCAGUCACUGUAAAAUCCCCAGCACUCCCAAGAGGACAGUACCUUCAGAUUCCCUCUAAUGCACAAGUCCGAACAGUCCCAGUGUCCGAACUCCCCCCAGGUAUCAAGAAACAGAUUUUUACUUCAUCAACCAGCUCCUCUUCGAGUUCAGGCUUACCCAGUGUGGUCUAUGUGUCACCUGUGACAACUGUUAAUCAAAGCACCACUCCACCAAGCAAUUCAGCACCCGAGAUACUUUCAAAGACAUCAGAUAUGACUUCACCUUCAUCAGGAGGAUCCAAACCACAUUUGAAAUUAAUUCCAAAGGUUUCACAAAGGCCCAAUAGCCCCAUGAAGUGGGUGAUCGAGGAAGAAGACGGUUUUAGAGCGUCAACUCUUGACCCUCUUAUUUCUCCUUCCGUUACUUCACAGAUUCUUCGAGCUGUUGCAGAGAGAGAAGUCGCCAACAAGCAUUGCGAAAUCAUGACAAAAGAGACGCCUGAUUCUUCAUCAAGUCUGGCCAAAAGUGAAAAAGGACAUGAAAACGCCUUGGUCAUGUGCAAUGGGAAGGUGUUUUUUGUGGCCAAAAAAUGUAGCCAACCUUUUAAAUUAAAGAGGAGGGAAGCCGAUCCACCCACAGCAGCAGCAAAAAGUUACAAAGUCAAGAAAACCAGCACACCGCCAUCCCAAAAUGUACUCAGGCAAGACUCCAGGAUUAUUAUUCCUGAUGAAUCAGAUGAAGUGAUUGACCUUUGCAAUGAUGAUUGUCCAGAUGACUUGUCUCAACAAGCAGCAUCAGGUUGUAUGUCGACCGUGACUCAUCUGGAUGAAGACAAUGUAAUAUUUGUAUCAUAUAUUCCACCCAAAUCUGAGUCUGGGUCAACACAAGACCUGAUACAAAAAGCACUUGAGAAGGAAACUGACCAGACAGGCACAAGGGGCUUGCAUAGUGUGAUGGAACAAAAGAGCCUGGAUGGUGCAACUAGUUCAGUCAGUGAAACCUUGAUUGGAAAUAGUACUCUCGGGGAUCAUCUAGCAAGCGAUGGCAGAGGAAAACCUGGACAGAGCACGUUAGUCAGAAAAGUCAAAAAUGUAACGCAUGUCUGUGGUGCAGCAGUGAUGAACACAAAUAAUAAUAAUAGGGCCUCAAACACAAAUAGUCAGCAGAGCAACUCCACCCAACAGUUGGAGAGCAUGGAAGUAGAUCUAGAAACAGUGAGUUCAGCAGAUCCCAGCACUUCUGAGAGCAGCAGUGGAAUAUGCUCUCAAAUAGCGGACACCUCCAAAAUGAAGAGCUCUACAGAUGGGACAUUGUCACUGGCACCAAAACCCUUUCACAUGGCAGACCACCUGCUGAGGCAGAUAUUUGGAAUUACGUCCGUUGUGAAAAUUUGCCUGCAGAGGAUUGAUGAAGCAUCAACUGGGGCUGUACCUGAAGAGGCUCUACAGAACGAGUCAGUGACUAAACAGUCAGUGGAAGACGUUCAGGAAACAAAUGGAUUAAAAGAGAAGGAGCUCUUUUUACAGGACUUUUAUGAUCCACAAGAAACUGAAAGCAACAGCAGUCUUAUCAGUGUGAAAAGAGUGAACCUACUGACUGAACAGAAACUGUCAGGAGACCUUGUCACUCCAGGCCCUCACACAGAUAUCAGACCGAUCAAAUGUUCUCUUUUCAAGCAAAUGACAAAAGCUCCCAUUACUUUGAAGAGUAAGUAUUCCUCAGGUCAAAGUUCAGACAAGGGAAUAUUGCGUGAUAUUGAAACUGAGCCAGUGAUUGACUACGUGGAACCAAUAGAUGAUGAUCUCCCCAACACAGAAGGACAUGACAUCCUCAAGUCACAGGACUCAUCUGCCCAUUCACAGACUCAAACUUGUGUUAAUCCGAAUACAAACACAAGGAGAAUGGGUAGGGCGAGGAAACGCACAAUGUGUCCAUGUUGCAUCCCUGGUGCUCUGGAUCCUGCAGUGAAGUCCAGCGCCAGGUUAGAAGAACCAGAGAUGCGGGCCUGGAUGACAGAGCCAUCAAGUAAAAAAGGAAGAGGAACGCAGACUAAGGCUCGGAGAAAAGACAGGAAAUCACCCAGAAGGAUCAACUGCGUCACGGCCAAGAACAAACAGAGAUGUAAGGCUCACAAGGUUCCAGCCAGUGAGAUUUUAUCUGCGACGUCCAUGGACUCUGAUGAACUAAAACAACACAAACAAAUCAAUAGACUCAAAGAGCUUCUGAAAGAGAAAGAGGCUUCUUUAGAAAUGAUGACAAACAGCAUGAUUUCAGACUAAAAAGUCUAAUGGUCUAACAGUUGUGAUAUUGUUGGAUUCAUUUUUCAUAUAUAGUCUGCUAUUACUAAUUAUUUUUGUUGGAAUUAACAAGGACUAACACAAAUACUGGAUUUUAGAUUAAUACAUACUGAUCCCGAGGUCAAGACUUCUUAGAGUGUCUACUUUAGUUCAAAAGGUGAAGAAAAUAUGAGAUUUGAGUGAGUUUAUUGACUGCCUGGAGGGCUUAAACUUCACUUGGCAGGCCAGAGAUAAAAUAGACUGAACCUAACAAGCAUAUUGAUAAAUGUGUGACAGGAUCUCUUCUCUUGAGUUAGACUGAGAGAAGUGACUAAAUACAUCAGAAAAUGUGGAUUAAUACAAAUGAGUCACCAACAAGCAUUUUAUAUUUUAGCCUAACAUCCGUAUAUGUUUUAUUUUGAAAGUGAAAAUGUAACGAUAUUCAGAGGAAGUCAUGCUUAUUAAAAACUAAUAUUUAUAUUCUAUAUUUUAUUAGGGCACUUAUGCAAAUAGGUUUACUGGUUGAAAUGAUUAUUAUGAAGACAUAUUUUAUGAGCUGUAAAACAGAUUCCAUUAUUCCUUGAUAAGUUCAUUCAACAUUCAUACAACUCCUUGGCUUCAUUGUUAAUGGUUGUCGAGGUUUUAUUUUGUUGAAUGAGCUUUUCUACCAGCAGACGUCCCAAACCUAAUAAUUAAAUAAAUAAAAAUGUGUAUAUGUGUGUGUGUGUGUGUGUGUGUAUGUAUACACAC